AUGAGACUCAGCGAUGCAGAGCUCAGCAGCACAAUUUAUCAACCUCUCAACCCCGAGAUCAGAUCCCAUCUGGAUCCCGAGUAUGCUGCUUUCCACGAUAAGUACAUCCAGUAUGUUGAACCUGACCAUGUCCGCCCGUGGGACUCGGUAAGCACUCGUACGCGUGUGCCAUUCCCGCCCGGGGGAUCUGCACCCGUGCCGGUCAAAGAUGUCAAAGAUAUCGAGCUAGAGCACUGUACAGUGCGAGUCUUUUGGCCAACAGGGGAGCGUCCAGCAAACGGAUGGCCCGUAUUUGUGUGGUAUCACGGUGGAGGUUGGGCUAUAGGAGGGAUACAGAGUGAGAAUGACUUUUACACAAGUUGUGUCAUCGUUACGGUCGGCUACCGUCUUGCCCCAGAACAUCCGUAUCCUGCAGCAGUGGACGACUCUCUUGAGGCUCUGAUAUGGGUACACAGCGAGGAUGGUAGUCGUGAACUCGAUAUCGACAACGCGCGGAUCGCUAUCGGGGGCACCUCAGCAGGCGGUAAUUUGUCAUUGGUGACUUGUCUCAAUGCCUCCAUUUUCCCGACACCCAUCCCUCUGGUUUUUCAGAUGCUCAUCAUCCCCGUCAUCGACAACACUGCGACGACCGACACGGUAUGGAGAUCGCGACAACAUGCCCCCUGGCUGUCACCCGCCCGGAUGACGUGGUAUCGCAAUAUGUAUCUGACAGCCGCUUCGGACGCUUAUAACUGGAGCGCCUCUCCAAACCUUGCUCCCCCAGACCUUCUCAGCAAGUUGCCGCCCUCGUGGAUUGCAGUUGCAGAGCAGGACGUGUUGGCACCAGAAGCCCUGGAUUUUGCGGACAGAGUCAGCUCGCUGGGCAUCAAAGUUGAUGUUAAAAUAUAUCCUGGCAUGACACAUACUAUUUUGGCCAUGAAUGGUGUACUAUCACAGGGGAAACAGCUGGUAGCCGAUGCCGCACAAGUGUUGAGGGAGGCUUUUGCAGAUAAUAGCGCUCAAAGAACUUGA